GAUUUGGUGAAGCAAGUUAGAAACCCUGAAUUUUCUCCCUCGGAGGAAAGUCCUCAGAAAGAUUAUAUCUCGAUUGGAAAAUCGUUCCGCGACCAAACUCUCAAGGGAUAUUAAAUAUUUAGUUUUACUGCAUAUUGAGGGACGUGACAAAAAUUCCACAAAUUGGCACUGCAUUGUGUAUUUUUCCCAGUAUUUAUUCAGCCCACAAGUAUUUACAUGGACAGUGUUUGUGAUAAAAUUACGGCGUGAACAAAAGGGGUUGCAGGUGGCACAAAUCCAGGGAAGACAGACGCAAAUGGUGUACGAUAUCGAUGCAAUAAUUCCCACACAGAAUGCAGCCCUCGCACGGACAACAACAGCGGCUGUGGCCAUGGGAAUGGAGGCAAUGAAUGCCGUAACAACUAGUGUUCCAGCAAGAAGAAAAACUUAUAAUUCAGACCCUGCCUCAGGGAUUCAGGCAUCAGAACUGGCGGGCCUAUCGAGAGAAGAACGCCGGAGGAGACGAAGAGCUACACAAAAAUACCGAACAGCACAUGCCACAAGGGAGAGAAUUCGCGUUGAAGCCUUCAAUGUGGCUUUUUCUGAACUAAGAAAAUUGCUACCAACUCUUCCACCAGACAAAAAACUAUCUAAGAUUGAAAUACUAAAACUAGCAAUAUGCUACAUUGCGUAUCUCAAUCACGUUCUGGAAACGUAAAAAUUAAUUUUUUCAACAGAAUUUAACGCUGUCUCUCAUCCUUUAAGGAUAAUUGUGCAAGCUUAGAUUUUAUGAAUCAGUCGCGAAAUAGAAAAUGUGUAAAUUUGUAGGGGCAUUGUGAGGGAUAUUUAUUUAGGAGUUACACGGCAUAAAAGAUUCAAAUAUUUAUUUGGACAGAGAAAAUCAGAAAAGUCUAUACCUUUUGAAGCUGAUUUUUUAUAGAUCAAAAUAGUUAACAGUCAAGAAAUUUUCAUGUCAUCAUCGCUGAUGGCUAAAAGCUCUUCCAUUUCCAAAGACUUGAAAUUCCUUUGGUAAAAACUGAUAUUUUUUAUUAGUCUUAUUAGGGGGAAGCGGGGUACUUUUGAAUUGAAGCAGGCUUGAAAUUGGGAUUUUUUCUCCUUUUUUAAAUGGAAUUGAGCCUUAUCAUGAUAUAAAUAACUUUGCAAUUGGUUUGUUGAGCUAAAAGAAGGAGAAAAAGACCAAUUUCAAAGCCACCUCAGGUCCCCCACUUCCCCCUUUGGAUUUAUCUGUCGACAUUUCGGCAGACUGUCUUUCAAGAUGUCGGUCGACAAUGUCGACCGAUUGUCGCGAACAUAGUUGUAAGUUACAGUUACAUACAUAGUUGUAAGUUACAACAUAGUUGUAACUUGUCAAUCAAAAUUUUCUUCAAUAAAAGGUUUUUUUUUAAAAAAAAAUUUGUUGAUAAUCAACGACACAAUGAAUUCUCAUAUAUUUUUAGACAGAAAAUAAUAUGCAGAAUUUUUUUUUUCAACAGAAAUAUUUUCCUUAAAAGAAUAAAUGGUACGAAUCCAAUAAAAUACGUUGCCCCUCAAUAAAUCUCCCUACCAAGGCCCCAUCUGGAGAAAUGCUCUCGCCUCGUAAAAGCAAUUCUUCCGCCAGACAUUCCACCUGUGGUCCUUUUUCCACAUAUAAAACACUCAAUGGAAGUAUUUUACCAAAUAAUUUGCCAAAAAUAGAAACAUUUUCUU